AUGUCUCAAUCAUCUAAACGAUCGGUGCUCGUUACCGGGUGCUCGCAGGGCAGCGCUGGUAACGCACUCGCGCUCCAAUUUGCAGCCCAGGGUUUUCGCGUUUUUGCAACUGCGCGUUCGCUAAAGACCCUGAGUAACCUAGCAGAGGCGGGUAUUGAGAUACUUACCCUAGACGUGACCCAGCCAGAGAGUAUUGCUGCAGUCAAGUCACAGAUCGCAUCUCGAACAGGGGGAUCUUUGGAUAUAUUGUUCAACAAUGCUGGUGCUUUGUAUGAAGCGCCCGCUAUCGAAGCUGAUGCCGCCCGCGUACGAAGCCUGUUCAGCACCAAUGUAUUUGGGCUGAUGGAGAUGGUCACCGCCUUUACUCCUCUCCUUCUAGCCUCGGUGCCGUCUGGCCACGAACCGACUAUUAUAAACGUGGCCUCUGUCCUAGCACGCCUGCCGAGCCCGUUCACUUCUGCCUACAACGCGACCAAGGCAGCCGUCGCCGCUUACUCAGACACCCUUCGGCUUGAAGUUCAACCUCUAGGGAUAAGGAGCAUCUACCGCGAUGCAGAAGCUGCCGUGAAGCAGAGAACGGUGACACAUCUCGAAAAGACAAUGCCACCAGAGCAAUUUGCUCGUGAAGUUGUCGGCGAGAUCGUGAAUGGGAAACGCUCUUUUCUUUGGAAAGGAAGCAAUGCAUUUACCGUGUGGUUGCUGAACGCAGUCGGGCCCAGAACUGUCUUCGACAGUGCCAUGGUGAAGGCGGCUGGAUUAGACAACAAGCAAACCAAAGCAAGUGUAUUCAAGCAGGGUCAAGCCGCUGCUGGGAAAAUGGCCUAG